CCCUUCCAAACUGAAAUAAGGAAUGGACCCUGGGUAAGCUCGCCAUCGUAUCUUGCUUGGGCCUUGAACCCGACUCCACCCGGCCCAUUAGCCAAAUUUAGUGUUUCAGUCACUGGAACUUCCAGUCCGAAACGGCAGCGUUUUCCAUCUCAGAAGUCCGUCAUUUUUCUCGGCCGGAGGAAACAGAUCGCUCCGCCCAGCCCAGCAUUUCUACAAAAUCGAAGAGCAAAACCGAUCGCAGAAAAUUCUCUCUCACACACACUCUCUCCACCUCAAAUAAACGCAAAGGGGACGGAAUGCAUAAGCUGCAGCCCUUCACGACGGCGGCGAGCAUGCUCCGCCAGCGUCUCUCCGGCUCGCUCCGUACCCGCAGCGGCGGCGCGUCGGGAUGGACGACCCCAGGGCACGAGGAGCGGCCCAAGGGUUACCUGUUCAACCGGACCCCGCCGCCGCCGGGACAGUCGCGCAAGUGGGAGGACUGGGAGCUCCCUUGCUACCUCACCAGCUUCCUCACCAUCGUCAUCCUCGGCGUCGGGCUCAACGCCAAGCCCGAUCUCACCAUCGAGACCUGGGCGCACCAGAAGGCCCUCGAGCGCCUCGAGAUGGAGAAAUUGGCUUCCGCUGAUUCCGAUUGAAGACGGGAAAUGGGGAUUUUCCUGGUGGGCUGUGGAAUCUUCCCUCAGCGAGCGAUCGAGACAGUGGUUCGUUUGGUUUUCUGCUCUUUAGUUGUUGAUAAUGUGUAGCCGAGUAAUAAAAGUAUUUGGGACCUUUGAUUUUGAUGACAAUUGGGGGAUUUCAAUCUGGAGGUUUUUUGCUUGAGUGUUACACUUCUAGCUGUUUACUUUUGGACCUGGGUUUUGGGGCAUUGUAAGUUUUGAAAGAGACGUUAUUACUUAUGAAUGUUUCCCAUCUAAUGGCAUUGCUAAAUGCACUGAUGAAUCUGGUUAUCUGGGUUUGAUUUGGCUUUCAAUUGGUGAAAUUGGGUUGCUUUCCGAUCGCUGACCUACUUGUUUUUGGAUGGUGUUUGAUGUUAAGUGUUUCAUUUGUCGCAUAAGGUCUAAGUAGAACGACAAGCUGAUCCUGUUCUGGGGUAAUUCAGGCUGGUUUAUGACUUACAGUUUGUUGUUUAGGUGAAACCUAGCAAGCUUAAGAUGUUUGCUUUUAUAUCUUCAUCAUGCUUGCUGCUUCGGAUAGUUUCCUUGUCAUGGAUAUGAAUCAGGGCUAUGAUUUAAGUUGACAUGGAGCUUGUUUGUAUAUCUCUUUGGCUAACUUACUGGUAGAGGUGCCUCUUAAAAUUUUUAAGUACUUGUUAACUUUAGAACAAAUUAUCUGUUGGCUUGAACAUUUGUAUACUGCACUGGUGACUGCUCUUAUGAUAAUACCUCUGGAUGAGAAAUUUUAGCACAGCUACUUACCAUUUUGAUUUCUACUCAGAAUCCUUUUGAGUUUAGUGUUCUGCUGGUUUGUUAUGUGGUACUAACAUACCGAUCUAGUCAGUUAGACUCAAUUAAGCUCUAAUCUCUUGCUCUUCUGUGACUCUUGGCACCUGGCAUCUGAAGUGAGAAAUUUCAGUGCAAUUACUAUGUUCCUACUUUGAUGUCUACCAAGAGUCCUUUGAGUUCAAUAUUCGGCUAGGUUAUAAUGUGGUAUAUACAUACUGGUUAAGUUAGUUAGACGCUGUAAAGCCAGUAUCUGUGCUCUUUGUUUCUCUGUUACUCCUGGCAAUCAUUUUGUGGCUUUCUAAGGAGACUAGCACAAUUUGGAUUUGCUUACUGGCUUAUGAAUUUAUUAAGCAGGUCAUGCAGUUUGGAACUAACAAGGGUUGGAUAUAAUUUAGCAUCCAGUACCAUUAGGGCAACCCCAGAGGUGAAGUGAUUAGUUAUUGAAGCUACAUCUGUGUGGUGACUGGAUAAAGGCAACCCAGUUUU